CCACCACCACGCAACGUUUCGUCCCCAAAAAUUUCGAAACCAAACGAAGCCACACUGCACGUGCGCGACAGCUCUCUCGACCUCCCCCCUCCUUCCCGUCUUCUCCACCGAGCUGCUCGUCUCCUCCCAUCCGACUCGCUUCGUCGAGAACCCCAGCGCCGGAUCUCCGCGGCGGCGGCGGCCGCGGAAAUGGCGAACCCCCUAUCGGGGCUGCAGGACCACCUCAAGCUCGCGCGGGACUACGCGCUCGAGGGCCUCUACGACACCUCCAUCAUCUUCUUCGACGGCGCCAUCGCCCAGAUCAACAAGCAUCUAACUACUCUGGAUGAUGCUCUGGUUCGUACAAAAUGGAUGAACUGCAAAAAAGCAAUCUCUGAAGAAGUGGAAAUUGUGAAACAGUUAGAUGCCCAAUUAAAGUCCCUUAAAGAAGCUCCUGGUGCGAGGCGGUCCUCGUCACCUCCUAUUCGCUCCAACAAAUCAUUUCAUUUCCAACCGUUGGAUGAGUAUCCAACUUCAUCACCAGCACCCUUUGAUGAUCCUGAUGUGUGGGCUCCACCAAGAGAUGCACCUAACCGAAGGCCUGCAAGAGGUCAAUCUAGCGCAAGAAAAUCCUCCCAAGAUGGAGCCUGGGCACGUGGUUCAUCAAGGACUGGAACACCUAGCCGUAGUGCAAAACCUAAUGGGAGUAAAGGAAGCUCUGCAGUAAGAUCAUCAACUGCCUCUAGCACUGGUGGGAGAAAAGGAAAAGCAAGUUCAAGCAAGGCUGAUUCUGCGAGUAGUGAUGCUGAAGAAGGUAAGUCCAAGAAGGGUCAGUACGAAGGUCCAGAUAUGGACUUAGCUGCCAUGCUCGAAAGGGAUGUUCUAGACUCUACUCCAGGCGUGAGAUGGGAUGAUGUUGCAGGACUUAGUGAGGCCAAACGACUCCUCGAGGAAGCAGUUGUGCUUCCUCUCUGGAUGCCCGAAUAUUUCCAGGGUAUUCGUCGACCUUGGAAAGGAGUUCUUAUGUUUGGUCCACCUGGUACUGGAAAAACCCUUUUGGCGAAGGCAGUGGCUACAGAAUGUGGAACAACAUUCUUUAAUGUUUCGUCUGCAACAUUGGCUUCUAAAUGGCGUGGCGAGAGUGAGCGCAUGGUCCGUUGUUUAUUUGACCUUGCGAGGGCCUAUGCUCCAAGUACAAUUUUCAUCGAUGAAAUCGACUCCUUGUGUACAUCCCGUGGGGCUUCCGGUGAGCAUGAAUCAUCAAGAAGGGUUAAGUCUGAACUUCUAGUGCAAAUUGAUGGUGUAAACAAUAGCUCUACCACUGAAGAUGGUCAACCGAAAAUUGUUAUGGUUCUGGCUGCUACCAACUUUCCAUGGGAUAUUGAUGAAGCACUGAGGCGGAGGCUGGAGAAGCGUAUUUAUAUUCCACUUCCAGAUUUUGAAAGUAGAAAGGCACUUAUCAACAUUAACCUUAGAACAGUUCAGAUAGCUGCGGAUGUUAACAUAGAUGAAGUUGCUCGGAAAACAGAAGGUUACAGUGGAGAUGACCUUACAAAUGUUUGCCGUGACGCGUCAAUGAACGGUAUGAGGCGAAAGAUAGCUGGCAAGACCCGCGAUGAGAUCAAGAACAUGGCGAAGGACGAGAUAGCGAAGGACCCAGUGGCCAUGUGCGACUUUGUGGAGGCUCUGAGCAAGGUCCAGAAGAGUGUCUCACCCGCAGACAUAGAGAAGCAUGAGAAGUGGAUGGCUGAGUUUGGAUCUGCUUGAUACCUAAGCUCCUUACAUCUUCACCUUUGUUUCGCGUGUGCUUUUGCCUGUUUCCCUAUAAAAAGGUGUAGAAUGAUCUUCUGUCACCUGGUGGUGUUGUAUCAUAGGCCAGAGUCACGCUUGCCCAUGGAACUAUCCUGUUGAUUUUCAGUGACGCUAGGAAUUAUAAAAUUCUCGAUUCUUUCAGUUCUUGAAACUGGAAAUGCGUUUUCUGAUCAUGAAAUGGAGCUCAUCCAUUAGCCGUGGCA